UUUGAGAUCAAUAGUACCGGCAUUGCUGAUAUACUUUUUCUUGGUAGCUUAAUGUUGAUAUCCUACAACCUCGUAACUCAAUAUCAAAAUACCUAGUGGUACUUUGACAUCGUGCCUAAAGUUUUCCUAAAGAAAUCUCAGUGGACAAUUAUUCAAGUUGCUUUAUCUUUAGCAAAUUAGAUGUUUGAACCGUCCUAGCCCAGCCUCAACAUUGACAAACAUAAUGAAAGGUUACUUUUCGCAGGAGGAGCCAGGUGGUCAACGUGCACUCAUAUUUGAUCAAGGAAACAGGAUUUCUCAAGGAAUUAGCUGUGUUGACGUGGCUGAUAUCUGCGUGAAGGCAUUGCAUGAUUCGACUGCAAGAAACAAGAGCUUUGAUGUCUGUUAUGAAUACGUCUCUGAACAAGGGCGGGAGCUCUAUGAACUUGUGGCACAUUUACCUGACAAAGCAAACAACUAUUUGACACCAGCACUGUCUGUCUUGGAGAAGAACACUUGAUUGAAUAUGCUCCAUCCAAGGAAAUACCAUACCAGUUCCAUACUUGCUCCCAGUCUUGAGGAUUUUUUUUCUUGUCCAACAUCUUUUUACUUGUAAUAAAAACAUAUCCAUUUCUGUUUCC